CGGCGGCGGCGGCAUGGCAGGUCGGCGGGUGAACGUGAACGUGGGCGUGCUGGGCCACAUCGAUAGCGGCAAGACGGCGCUGGCGCGGGCGCUGAGCACCACGGCCUCCACCGCAGCCUUCGACAAGCAGCCGCAGAGCCGCGAGCGCGGCAUCACGCUUGACCUGGGCUUCUCGUGCUUCUCGGUGCCGCUGCCCGCGCGCCUGCGGGCGGCGCUGCCCGCGUCCCCGGCGGCGUCCGGAGCCGAUCCCGAGUCCGGAGAGCCGCAGCUUCAGGUCACGCUGGUCGAUUGCCCCGGGCACGCCUCCCUCAUCCGGACCAUCAUUGGCGGGGCCCAGAUCAUUGAUCUGAUGAUGCUGGUCAUCGAUGUGACCAAAGGGAUGCAGACCCAGUCAGCAGAGUGCCUUGUGAUUGGGCAGAUUGCCUGCCAGAAGCUGAUCGUGGUGCUGAACAAAACAGACCUCUUAGCUGACGGGAAGAGACAGGCAGUGAUUGAUAAAAUGACCAAGAAAAUGCAGAAGACCCUGGAGAACACCAAGUUCCGAGGUGCACCGAUUAUACCCGUGGCGGCCAAGCCUGGGGGGCCAGAGGCCCCUGAAACGGAAGCUCCACAGGGCAUCUCAGAGCUCAUUGAGGUGGUGAAGAAGGUGAAGUCCAUGCAGAUGUUUCACAUGCCUGUCACAUCAGCCAUGCAGGGAGACCGCCUGGGCAUUUGCGUCACCCAGUUUGACCCCAAGCUGCUGGAGCGCGGCCUGGUGUGUGCCCCCGAGUCCCUGCACACUGUCCACGCAGCCAUCAUCUCUGUGGAGAAGAUCCCAUAUUUCCGGGCACCCCUGCAGACCAAAGCCAAGUUCCACAUCACGGUGGGCCAUGAGACGGUCAUGGGCCGGUUGAUGUUCUUCAGCCCUGCCCCCGACAGCUUUGACCACGAGCCUGUGCUGGACUCCUUCGACUUCUCUCGAGAAUACCUCUUCCAGGAGCAGUACCUAGAGAAGGAUUUGGCACCAGUGGGGACGGACAGUGAUGAGACUGACAAGAAGACGGGCCAGGCCGCCGAAGGCCGCUGCCCACGGCAGCAGUGGGCCCUUGUGGAAUUUGAGAAGCCUGUCACCUGCCCUCGGCUGUGCCUGGUGAUUGGCUCCAGGCUAGAUGCGGACAUUCAUGCCAACAUGUGCCGGCUGGCCUUCCACGGCGUCCUGCUGCACGGCCUGGAGGACAAGGACUAUGCCGAGAGCUUCUUGCCCAGGCUGAAAGUGUAUAAGCUGAAGCACAAACAUGGCCUUGUAGAACGGGUGAUGGAUGACCACAGCGUGAUCGGCCGCUCCCUGUUCAAAAAGGAGACCAACAUCCAGCUCUUCGUGGGCCUCAAGGUGAACCUAUCCACUGGGGAGCUGGGAGUCAUUGACAGCGCCUUUGGCCAGAGUGGCAAGUUCAAGAUCCACAUCCCUGGUGGCCUCAGCCCCGAGUCCAAGAAGAUGCUGACGCCCACCCUCAGGAAGCGGGGCCGGGCUGGCCGAGGAGAAGCCGCCAAGCCAGAGGAGGGGGCGGAGCGGCCCGAGCCUGCGCAGCACGUGGCCGUCAGCCUGUCCUUCAAGCGCUACGUCUUCGACACCCACAAGCGCAUGGUCCAGUCUCCCUGAGGGUUCCUGUGACCUUGCCCAGGCCCCCGGGCUGGGCUGCAGUGCCACGCGUCGGACCAGAUGUGCCUCGCCCUCCUUUCGUGUAUCCCUCCCCAUGACCCUGCAGAUGCGGGCCCCGGGCCUGGCGCUACGCCCCGGUGAGGAGCCUGGGGAGCGAGGCAGCAGCGGCUUCAGGGCCGAGGCUCAGAGGGUCUGUCCUGGUGCCCUCCGAGCUGCUGGGGGCCAGCGUUUCCCAGGUCGCCCCGCAGGCAGCUGUGGGAGGGCUAAU